CGUCAGUCCGUCCAAGCCCCUCCCCCAGCUAGCAGCGGUAGCUAACAAGUUAGUGGUGCUAGCAGUGGCUAAGCUACAUGCUAGCUGGCGCUUUGAGAAGAUGGCAACGGACUGGCAAACUUCAGCUAUUGAGCAAGCCGAAUUGAUAUCCAGUCGUCUCAGAGAGCUGUUAUCCACCGGGGAGGGAUAUAUCCGAUCGGAGUUUGGGGUGGAAUUGGGACUUACGCCUGAGCUGUACCCGUCAUGGGCGAUUCUCUCCGCGGCGGCCGCGGUGGGGCUGCUGGUCCUGUCGUGGGCCGCGGUCUGUAGCGGACUCUUCGGUGGGAAAAAGCUAGGAGCUCCGGUUACACAAGACAGUGGUGAUUCCCUCAAGGCCCAAGUGAAUAAGAUUGUGAAGCCCGAGGCACAAAAUAAAAAGACUAAAAAGAAAUCUACUGAAAAGAAGGCUCAGUAUAAUGAACGAACAGUUCCACAGCCUCAGGAUGAAGUGACAGAAGAAACGACCAAACCUUCCCCAGACAUUACAACUGAGGUGAAGAAAACCAAGAAGAAAGCCAAACCCGAGGUGAAACCAGCCAAGAGGGUUUCUGCUGGCGAUGGCAAAGAGCCUGAUGAUGGUGCGUGGGAGACUAAGGUGAGUAACCGGGAGAAGCGGCAGCAGAAGAGGAAGGAGAAGGGGCCUGACGGGUCAGGAAGCCCGGAGGGGGUGGCGGUACCUCACCGCCAGGUGGAACAGCCUCCUCUCACCGCCCCGGUCAACAGGAAGAACAGAGAGCCCUUGCACCUGAGGCCUGGGAAAGGAGAUUCUUUCACGACACCAGUGUCCACCAGCUGGAGAGAGGAGCCGUCAGUGAACGGUGGAGGGUGGCCAGAUAUCUCCAUGAAGCUGCCCACCCAUAUAUGCUCUUCAGAUGGGGAGAAGUGGCCGGCCAUCCCUAAAGGACCUCGACACUUGAACUCUGAACCCACCUGGAGACAGGACACUGAAGGGUCGUGGAGUGGGGUUGAUGGGAGGAUGAAGACUGAACUAAACACAUUACCCUCUGUACUUGGACUGAAGACUAUAGAGCACAUCACCCAUCCUGCCUCUGAGCUGCAGUGGGAAUGCCCCUCUCCUUCUGAUGAGUGGUCAGGAUUAAGCGGUAUUGCAGCAGUGGACCCCAGCUCAGACUGGAACGCCCCUACAGAGCUGUGGGGGAACUAUGAGGGACCCCCGGUGGUAGAGGCCCCCGGCCCCCCGCCCCAGGACCCUGCACCCAACCACCCCCAGGGGGCACAGGGGUCAGACGAUGACAAGGAGAAGGAUGACUCUGCCGGGGGGGCUGCCAGGUCCAAGAAGAAGAAGAGGAAGAAGAAAGCCGAGGAAGGUGGUCCUACAGGCCAGGUAACAGACGUGGUCCUACAGGCCAGGUAACAGACGUGUGGUCCUACAGGCCAGGUAACAGACGUGGUCCUACAGGCCAGGUAACAGACGUGUGGUCCUACAGGCCAGGUAACAGACGUGUGGUCCUACGGGCCAGGUAACAGACGUGUGGUCCUACGGGCCAGGUAACAGACGUGUGGUCCUACGGGCCAGGUAACAGACGUGUGGUCCUACGGGCCAGGUAACAGACGUGUGGUCCUACGGGCCAGGUAACAGACGUGUGGUCCUACGGGCCAGGUAACAGAC